UUGCCGAGCAAUUUUGGGUGAGAAAUCAAACCCUAGAGAGAAGCUAGAAAUGAGUUCGCUCUCUACCAUGAAUAUCCAUGCUCGCUCCUUACUCUCCAAAAUCUUCGAUUCGAAACAGAGACUUGCAUUUUCUUCGUCUUCUCUUCUUCAACGUCACCAUGGUCUCAUUUCAAGAUCGCAGUCCUCAGGAUCUACUGGGCCAGGAGAAGUCAUAUCUCCCCGUGUGAAUGAUGUUUCAACGAUAAAAAUGCAUGGAAAUGUAUAUGGAGCUUCCACAGUUGAUGAUGUUAAUACUUUAGGGGCGCGUGUGGUCAACCCUUCCAAUUUGACCCGGACGAGAUUCAUCGACUCUUCAACUCAAAAGGAUGUUGAGAUUGGCACUGGCUCCAGGUUCAUGGAUCAUGUUAGGGGAAUCCUAGAGGAAGAAGGGAAAGCCCUUGGUGGUUUUCAAUAUUCUCGCUACAACCUGGAGCAAGAUGUCGAUUUUGUCCAUAUAAAGCUUAUGCGCAACAAUACGUUUGUUACCGUGACUGAUUCCAAAGGUAGAAAGAAGAUUGGCGCAUCGGCUGGGUGUUUGCCGGAAAUGAAGGGAGGCCCGAAGCUAUCUAGAUAUGCUGCUGAGGCGACUGCUGAACACGUGGGGCGACUGUCUAGGAGUUUGGGUUUGAAGUCUGUUGUGAUGAAAGUGAAAGGUUUUACCUUUUUCAAGAAGAAACGACAAGCAAUCAUGAGCUGGAGAGAGGGAUUUACGAAUGCUCGAGGGGACCAGAACCCGAUCGUGUACAUUGAGGACACAACUCGGCGCCCCCAUAAUGGUUGCCGACUUCCGAAGAGGCGUCGUGUAUAAGCUGUACUCGUAAUGCUGUUAAAGAGUGUUGGAUCCUCUAAUUUGUCAAAGAGGAACUGUUCACUUUGGCCUUGUAAUGGGGGCUUAGUAGUGUCCAUUUUGGAAAAUAAAGUAUCUCAGGAGGAUCUCGAGCUGUUGCUUUACGGAUUUCAAAGUAAUGGUUGAUUACAAUGACAUCAAUUUUCUGUGCGUUGUUAUGAUAAUCUUGAGGGUUCUAUGGUGUAGCUUGCCGAUCACUAGUGUCUUGUGGGCAUACGGCAUUCCUUUGUAUUUACAGGUUACGUUAGAAUUAUAAGCUGCUUUUGUCAUC